CAGUGGCCUAUAAAAUGUUAGAGCCAUUAUGGUGCCAUCCUUCAGAUAAUGUCAUUUGGAUGACUACUGCAGAAAGAGGAGAUUAGGGAAGUUUCCUCGUAGUCCCGUAGUUACGUGUCUCGUUCAAAGGGAACGAAGGGAUGGUUAGGGUGGUGUUUCUGCACCCUGACCUGGGUAUCGGGGGCGCGGAGCGUCUGGUGGUGGACGCGGCGGUGGCGCUCCGCUCCAAAGGCUGCUCAGUGCAGGUCUGGACAGCCCACUACGACCCCCAGCACUGCUUCUCCGAGACCCUCGACCCCGACCUGCCCGUCGUCUGCGUGGGGGACUGGCUGCCAACCAGCAUCUUCGGAUACUUCCACGCCCUCUGCGCUUACCUGCGCAUGAUCUACGUGGCCUUCUUCCUCAUCUUCCUCAGCGGGGUGGAGUUCGAUGUGGUGUUCUGUGACCAGGUGUCCGCUUGCAUUCCUGUGCUGAGGUUGGCUCGCCAGAGGAAGAAGGUCCUGUUCUACUGCCACUUCCCUGACCAGCUCCUGACCCAGCGGCACUCUACCCUGAAGAGGCUCUACAGGGCUCCCAUCGAUUGGCUGGAGGAGCGGACCACUGGCAUGGCUGACUGCGUGGUGGUCAACAGCCGCUUCACGGCGGGGGUCUUCAGGCGCACUUUCAAGAGCCUGGCCGGCGUCCACAUAGAUGUCCUCUACCCCUCGCUCAACUCGGCGGCCUUCGACGGCGAGUUUGAGGAGCUGGACGGCCUGAUCCCGGAGAAGAAGACCUGGAUCUUUCUCUCCAUAAAUCGCUACGAGCGCAAGAAGAACUUAGCCCUGGCCCUGCAGGCCCUGGGGGCGCUCCGGCAGAGGCUGACCCCAGAUCAGCGGGAGAGGGUCCACCUAGUGAUGGCGGGCGGCUAUGACGAGCGGGUGCCGGAGAACGUGGAGCACUACGCCGAGCUGAAGGCCCUGGCGUCCAGCCUGGGCCUGGACGACAGCGUCACCUUCCUGCGCUCCUUCUCGGACCAGCAGAAGGUCUCGCUGCUGCACCACAGCACGUGCGUCCUCUACACGCCCAGCAACGAGCACUUCGGCAUCGUGCCAGUGGAGGCCAUGUACACCCGCUGCCCCGUCAUCGCCGUUAACUCGGGCGGCCCGCUGGAGUCCGUCGCUGACAAGGAGACGGGCUUCCUCUGCGAGCCCGCGGCGGAGAGCUUCGCCGAGGCCAUGGAGCGGUUCGUCCGGGACCCGCGGCUGCAGCGGGAGAUGGGGGAGGCCGGCCGGCAGCGCGUCCUGGAGCGCUUCUCCCUGGACGCCUUCUCCGACCAGCUGCACCGCCACAUCCUGCGGCUGGCGGAGUAGCGGGCCCGGGCGGAAACCGCGGGAGGAGGAUGCCGGAGAUUCCGCGGACGAUCCCCAGCGGCAUUCCAAAGGAGCUGUUGCUCGGGCAGGGUAAUGAAGGAAUCUCUGCCCCCUAUUGAACGAGGAGCCGUGAUUAGCCGCGGGGCGAGACGAGGGCUGGAACUGGACAAGGGAGAACAAUAGGGGCGGAAACCUCAGCUUGGGAAAUAUGUUUCGAAGUUGUCUGACCGGCAGGCCGUAAUGAAUUCGCUCGCCGCGCGGAUUCAUCAGCGGCUUCAGAUGAGACACUGAGACGCGCGCUGUCCUUUGCAUCCUUUGCUCUGUCAGACACCAUUAGGGAGUCUCUUCAAGAUCGAUGUUGGACAUUUUUCUCCCCCUUGCACCUCCUAGUUGGAGCUUUGUUCCGUUAUAAUAAUGACAGAAAUAAAGGUUAGGAUUGAAACCCUGUAGACAAAGACCCAGAAUUCUUUUUUUUUUUUU